AGCAGACGAUGCAGACGAUGUUAUUAUGUGUGUUGUAGAGCGAAUGUAAACAAAAAACAAAUCUUGUAAUUUUGUUUGUAAAUCACGGUGGGUGCAGGGAUUUCCACUAAAGUUUAAAUCCCACCGUCAGACGAGGAAGAAACAGAUAUUGGAGAAUUGUUUAUUAAUUGUCAGGUGGGAUAGAAUGGAGGGUGCACCUUAUCACUGAUUUGAAGGUGAACCAAGAAGACCAACAUGCAUGAAAACAGACUGGGACAAGAGGGCAGACUGGGACAGAAGGGACUGGUCUCGGCAGUGCUGAUGCUCACACUUAAUUUGUGUGGUGCCUCUAUGAUCACCUCUAGGGAUGAAAUUCUCAUUGGUCACUGUGAUCCUCCCAAGAUACCCAAUGGUGCAGUUGUUCCUGUGCAACAUACAUAUCAGAUUGGGGCAACUGUGGAAGUUGUUUGUUCAGGAGGCUUUGUUCUACAGGAGGAGAACAGGCUACACUGCACUAAUGAUGGAACAUGGGCCACAGCUUCAGGAUAUGCUGCAAUCCUUGAAUGUGAAGCAAUAACCAUGCAUUGUGAACCUCCACCCAACAUUGAGCAUGGUUCUGUGCAGGUGUUAGAACGGGAGAAUCUGCUUCUUGGAUCCCAUCAGGAGAGCCUGAGUGAAGUCGAUCGGUUCCAGCAGGGAAGCGUUGCAGAAUAUUCUUGUGACUUAGGCUACUGGUUGCAUCCAUCAUCCCAUUCUAGGCAUAUAUGUCUCCGAGGCCUGUGGAUGGGGGAAGUUCCACGAUGUGUUAGUAAAGGUUGCAUGAGUCCAGAACCAGUGAUGAAUGGCUACUACCUCGAGGUCACAGGAUCGUCAGAUGUUCAGUACCCUCCUGGUGCAAGGCUCCAGUUUGUGUGCCAUGUAGGUUACACUCUCCGUGGUGGAGAUCUGUUUGAUUGCAAUGAGACGGGUCAUUGGAUGCCAAGGACACAGCCUGUGUGCAAGCCUUCCCCUGAACUUAUUGAGGAAUUCACCAGUUGUGUGGCUCCACCAAAUAUAGCACAUGGUUACAUGUCAGACAGUGCUUCAUCAUAUGCUCUGCAAUCUCAGGUGUACUACGAUUGUGAACUCGGCUACCGUCUUGUUGGCCCUUCGGUAUUGACCUGUGAAGAAACUGGUUGUUGGACUCCAAGGAUGCCUCCUGUCUGCCAACUUAGCCAUCAGUUUGAAGAUGAAAUACGUAAUGAAACUACUGUUUUAGACAUGCACACCAUUCUUGUGGCUACAACUGGAAGUGUCAUUGGGAUUCUGCUUAUUGUAUUAGCUCUGAUAUUAUAUCAACGGGCAGUCAGUCCGAAAUUAGUGCGUCUUCACAACAGUGGAAGUGGAGGAGAAUUACCACCACCCCCGCAUAACUGCCCUCCCAACUCCUCCCAGACUCAGCAGGAACAUGACCCUGACAGGGUAGCUCUCAUCCCAUUCCCAGAUGAAGGUGUCCCACCAACAUAUGAAGAAGCAGUUAGGCAUAGACCAGCUGUGAUGUUUGAGCCUCAUGGUGGGAAUGCUGGUGGUCGCUAUACUCCGCAUGGGCAUAGGAGUAGAGGUCAUCGAGUUGUUGUUCCUAGUGUAAGACGAUCACGGCACCGGGAUAACCCUGACAACAUAUCUUACCAGUCUAUUGGAUCAGCCCGACAGUCUUCUAGCACGUCACGAUCUAUGAGUAUGCGAAGUUGGUCAGCAUGUGAUAGUCUUGGAUCCACCGAUACAGUGGCUGUUAGUGACUCAACUAAUGUAACAGUUGAUACACAAAGCUCAGGAGGAACAAGUAGUGGUGCUUCACAGGCCCCCUCCUGCCGUGCCUUGGCUGGGUCACUUGCAUCAUUUGAUACAUCAUCUCAAGUAAACAAUGAGGGGGCUCCACUGCUUGAGGAGGCAGAGGGAGAUGAAGGUUGCGAUCACCGUGCAGAAGAUCAAUAUUCGCUGUCAACUCGUGACUCAGACAGUCUGAAGGAUAAUGUAUCUCACACACGGUCUGUCACAAUCAGCUUACAAGAAUGAAUGUAGCACAAGCAUAUCUUAGUACCACAGCUUCAGUUGUGUUGUUGUAGGAUGUUGUAAUUAUAAUAUGUAGUAGAGUUAUAUGUAUUUACAAUCUAUGAACUGAUGAUGGAGUAGGUCAGUAAUAUCAUAGAUUUGAAUAGAGUCAUAAUUACCAAACUGUUGAUAGGUCACAUAACAGCCAAACAGAAGAGCAUGUGCUCUGGCAGUCCAUGCUUUUAGUUAAUUUUUGAGGUGAGCUUAAAGCUGUAAGAUAACUCUCAGUGAUCUGUGCAGUUUUCCCAGAAUUGCAUUAGUACAGUAUGGUAUUCAUUUAUUGGGCUUCAUUACUAUAUUGUGACAGUUGGAAAAGCUUAAUCCACAUUAAUGAUAUGAAGUGUUACAAAAUAGGAUUAAUACUUAGCCUCACCAAAGGUCUUGUAUAAUCAGACUUGUAGCUUUAGUAGGUACAGUAAACUCUCAAAUUAAGGAACCUCUUUUGGCCCUGAAAUAUUCUUCAUAUUAAAACAGUUUCAGCAGUUCAGAAGUAUUGUCCUUAAGAAACAACAUGAUGAGUGGCAAAAAAAAAACACUGGGACAUGGUCUUUACCAAUUCCUACACAUAUUUCAUCUCCAAUUGCUUAAACAUCACAACACAAGCAACCUGCCAUCAUCAGUACCUCUAUUUAUCAGAUAAUGAGGAUUCCCCUUCACCUCCACAUUUUAAGUAAUUACUACUAUAUAGUGAAUAGUAAUUUUCUUUUAUUUAGAAUAUUUUUUUAUAUAUUAAAACAGUAUCAUGUGGUGCCAAUAAGGUUAUAUUAAAUUGAGGGUUUACUAAAAGAGCAAUCUUGUGAAUGUAGUCAUAAACAAAUUCUAAAAUGACCUCUAGAUGGGGAGGCCCAGAUCUGAUUCACAGGUUACCUCAGUAUAAGAUAUUGUUAGUUAGGGACUACAUUAUAUGUUUUAUGUUACUGUGAUAAUGCCCAGUGAUCUGCUUUAUUUAUACUGUGAUAAGUUUUCCUCAUGUAUUACUUGAACUAUCUUUUGAGUAUAUUUAUCAUUACUGCAAGUUCAUAUAGAAUGACUGGGGAUAUUAAUAACUUUAAAAAUUGUACAAAUC